AUGGGAGGAAGAGAAGGAGUGUGCAGAGCUUGGGAGGAAGACAUUUACUGGAACCAUUUUCAAUUCAUCAGUUUCACUCAAUUUCUCCGCUCUGAUUUUGAUCAACAACUUGCACUUCCUAAAACAUUUUCUGAGAAUAUAAAGAAGAAAUUGCCAGAGAGCGUGACGCUAAAAGGUCCUGGUGGAGUACUGUGGAAUAUAGAGCUGACAACAAGAGAAGAUACCUUGUACUUCACGUACGGUUGGCAACAGUUUGUGAAAGAACACUCUUUGAAAGAAAAUGAUUUCCUUGUCUUUAAGUACAACGGUGAAUCGUUGUUUGAAGUUUUAAUCUUUGAUGGCAAGAGUUUAUGUGAGAAGGCAGCUUGUUAUUUUGUUCGAAAAUUUCAGCCUGCUGCCAAUACUGAACAAGGGGGUGGAUGUUCUACCAAGAAAAGGGACUCAGAUAAUUCUGUUGAAGAAGUUAAAACUCCUAAUGGUGUUGAUGAAGGUGUUUCACCUGUCAAAUCCUUGCAUCCUAACAGUACCCGAGUGCCACAUGAUGUACCUAUCGAAACUACUAAUGGCAAGACUUCUAAUGCUGGUGUUGAACCUGCUUCCGCAGAGCAAUUCAUGUCUGAUGCGGUCACUGAUACUGAGCCAAAAACUGUUCCAUCCCAAACAACUGGUAAACGGACAAGGAGGAGGCCUGUUUAUGCCGAUAUGUCUGUCCCGAGUAAGAAGAGAGGAAGACCACCAAAAACUGCUAAUUCUCACGAGAGAGCUCGUAAUUGUGUGUCUGGGGCUGAACUUUCUCCCAAGGUUUCUCCAAAGGUCUCUCCCAAGGAUUCUCCAAAGGUCUCUCCCAAGGUCUCUCCAAAGGUCGGAUUGGGAACCAAAGAACUAUAUAGUUCAAAUAGAAGGCCUGUCACAAAAAAUGAGAUUGAAAACACUCUUCAGUUGGCCAAGGCAGCAUGUGCCGAAGACACCUUGCUUGUAACUAUGCGACCUACGCAUGUAUACAAGAGAUUCUUCGUGUCAUUCCCUAAUAAGUGGAUAAUAAAUCAUCUUUCUCCGUCAUCUCAAGAUGUGAUAUUACGCAUGGGGAAGAGAGAAUGGAUUGGGAAAUACUUCUAUUAUAAUACGCGUAGCAGUGGAGGACUUACCGGUGGAUGGAAAUAUUUUGCGCUCCAAAAUAACCUUGAAGAGUUUGAUGUGUGUUUGUUUAAGCCUGCAGGUUAUAUGUACAAAACGUUGAUCUUAGAAAUGACCAUUUUUAGAGUUGUUGAGGAGAUUACUCCUCUUACUAAGGUUAAUUCUCCGGGAAAGAAGAGAUCAAUUAAGAAAACACCAACCGGGGUGAAUUCUCCAGGAAAGAAGAGUAAGAAAACACCAACUGGGGUGAAUUCUCCGGAAAAAAAGGGGCCAAUUAAGAAAACACCAACACCAACCGAGGUGAUUUCUCCGAGAAAGAAGAGGUCAAUUAAGAAAAGACCAACCGGUGAUGUCCAAACAGAACUCGAGUCCUUUGAACCACUAGUAAAGAAGAGGGGAGUUGAUAUAACACUGACCAGUGCUGUCCAAACAGAACUCGACUCCAUCGAAGGUGCGUAG